AUUAAUAAAGACAAUUACCGAAAAAAACGCUCAUUUGGGGUUUCUCUCUCCUCUUUCUUCCAUUGUUGUUGAUGGUCUAACCAGCUCCACGAAUCCCCGCCACGAUCCGAAACCGACGGAUGCCAUCUUCCUGACGGCGGUCUGUGUGGAUCGGUGCAUGAUUCUUUGAGAUAAGUGAUAAGGAAGAUAGCUUUGUUUGCUGCUAAUGGCUUCAGUGGGUGUGGUUGCACCUGCUUCUGUUAUGAGAGAUUCUAGCGGUCACACUGAUCAACUACCGGAAGAGAUGAAUGACCUGAAGAUUAGGGAUGACAAGGAAAUGGAACCUGCUGUCGUUGAUGGUAAUGGGGCGGAGAAUGGGCAUAUAAUAGUAACGACUAUUGGUGGACGCGAUGGCCAGCCAAAGCAGACAAUUAGCUACAUGGCUGAACGUGCAGUCGGGCAGGGAUCAUUUGGAGUUGUUUUUCAGGCUAAAUGUUUGGAAACUGGCGAAACUGUGGCUAUAAAGAAAGUCCUUCAAGACAAAAGAUAUAAGAACAGAGAGUUGCAGACCAUGCGUAUGCUUGACCACCCAAACGUGGUGUCGUUGAAACAUUGUUUCUUUUCAACCACGAACAAGGAUGAAUUGUAUCUUAAUCUGGUGUUGGAGUAUGUUCCAGAGACAGCUCAUCGGGUAAUUAAACACUACAAUAAGCUGAAUCAACGGAUGCCACUUAUUUAUGUGAAACUCUACUCAUAUCAGAUAUUCAGGGCUUUAUCUUACAUCCAUCGCGGUAUUGGAGUGUGUCAUCGGGAUAUUAAACCUCAAAAUCUUCUGGUUAAUCCUCAUACUCACCAGCUAAAGAUAUGUGAUUUUGGUAGUGCUAAAGUUCUGGUAAAGGGAGAGCCGAACAUUUCGUACAUCUGUUCUAGGUAUUAUCGAGCACCUGAACUUAUAUUUGGAGCAACUGAGUAUUCUACAGCUAUUGACAUCUGGUCGGCUGGUUGUGUUCUCGCUGAACUACUCCUUGGACAGCCUUUGUUUCCUGGUGAGAGUGGGGUUGAUCAACUUGUUGAGAUUAUAAAGAUUCUGGGUACUCCAACUAGGGAGGAAAUCAAAUGCAUGAAUCCUAACUAUACAGAAUUCAAAUUCCCCCAGAUUAAAGCCCAUCCAUGGCACAAGAUAUUCCAUAAACGCAUGCCUCCAGAGGCUGUUGAUCUCGUCUCAAGACUGCUGCAAUACUCUCCUUAUCUGCGUUGUACGGCUUUGGAUGCAUUAACUCAUCCGUUCUUUGAUGAGUUGCGAGAUCCAAACACUCGCCUGCCUAAUGGACGAUUCCUUCCGCCUUUGUUUAACUUUAAACCACUAGAACUGAAAGGAGUACCGGCUGAUAUGUUGGUCAAGUUGAUUCCGGUUCAUGCUAGAAAGCAAUGCCCAUUCCUUGGGUCAUAAUCUCUUCAUGAGAUGGCUGAGAAGAAUCAAUGCUUCUUAUAUGUUAGUUACUCUAUUUGUAAUCUCUCUGAGAUCUAUUGGUGUUUGUAAUAUGAUUUGCUUAAAACAGGAUUAGUAACCCAAAAUCUUAUUUGUAACUAUUGACUGAUGCGAUAACAUUGGAUCGCAGGUGCGAGAUUGUGAACACUAUUAACGGAUAAGGGAGUGUUGUGUUUUUUUUUAAAUGAUACCUUAAUUUAAGGCU